AUGCCGUUAAAGCACACAGUGAGGGUCUUGAACCCCAGGUAUGCGCUACCACCCCAGAUCACGUCCAUACUCAUCGUCUGCAGCCCAGAUAUCGCCGUCGACACGGUCCAUCUCGGAUUUAUUUACCGCGGAACGGUAGAAACAAUGCUUGAGUUGAGCAUUCUUGCAAAGUAUUGCAGCGGCCUGCAUCUUCGCAGAAGAGAUGAGGUUGAGGAGGAAUACCUGCACAACUUCGGGCACAACCAAAGCUUUACGGUCGUACAAUGGGAAGAACUAGCACUCCCUGCGCCUCUAGAAUGGGACGAGGCCGGAAUGGACAAUUCCAGCACCUUCAACAUAUUCCAGCCUACUUCAAACAACAAUCCGUACUGUAUGUACAAGACAAGUCAUAUUGGCUGUUCUGGAAAGGUAUUUGAGGUCCAUACGUUCUACCGGUCACCAGAAGCGGUAGUGGACCCGGUAGGUUUGAUGAUUGCUAUGAUCAAGAUCCAGAUUGACCGCCCCAGACGCGAUGAAAUCCUCCUCUGUGUUAAGUUAAGGGCACUUCUGAUAGUCGACGAUGCCCUUCUCGCCAUUCCUGAGAAUGGGCUUCCUCCCGUCCCGGUAAAGCAAAGAUUGGAAAAUAUCAUACAUGUCUCGUCACGCAUUCCGACAUUGGCGCCACAGUACGAAAGGCUGUCGCAUCUCAGCGAGGCAAUAUGUGCGAUUGGUAUAUCGGAAACAGUCAGGAUAGAGCUCAUGUCGAUAUCGCGUGCCAUCUUGGAGAUCAUGGUCCAACUGCUCGAGCCUUCCAUCGUCCCGCAGCUGGCUAUGUGUUCAAGACCUUGA